CGUCUUCUCGCUUGCCUGGCCACCUGCCUGCCUGCCGGCCAUCUGAGCGGCGGGGGUCGCGGGGCGGCGCCGGGCCGGGCCGCUGCGGCCCGCGAUGCGGCGCCUGGGCUCGGUGCAGAGCAAGGUGCCCUGCGUAUUUGUGACGGAGGUGAAAGACGAGCCGUCGGUCAAAAGGGAGCACCAGCCAUUUAAAGUUUUGGCUACAGAAACUAUAAAUUAUAAAGCAUUGGAUGCAGAUAUAUACAAUGCCAUUCCCACUGAAAAAGUAGAUGGAACAUGUUGUUAUGUUACUACCUACAAAGGUCAGCCAUAUCUUUGGGCUCGAUUAGAUAGGAAACCAAACAAGCAAGCAGAGAAAAGGUUUAAGAAAUUCCUGUAUUCAAAGGAAAACUCAAAAGAAUUUAUCUGGAAUGUUGAAGAGGAUUUCAAAUCUAUUCCAGAGUAUUGGAUUCCAGCAAAGGAUAUAGAACAGUUAAAUGGAAAUCCAGUACCUGAUGAAAAUGGGCAUAUACCGGGUUGGGUACCAGUAGAAAAAAAUAACAAACAGUAUUGCUGGCAUUCCUCUGUGAUCAGUUAUGAAUUUGAACUUGCACUAGUAUUGAAUCGCCAUGCUGAUGACCCUGGACUUUUGGAAAUCAGUGCAGUGCCAUUGUCCGAUCUCGUGGAACAAACACUGGAGCUUAUAGGAACAAACAUUAAUGGAAAUCCUUAUGGAUUAGGAAGUAAAAAGCAUCCAAUACAUUUUCUUGUACCACAUGGAGCAUUUCAAAUAAAAAACCAACCUACACUGAAGCAUGAAGACCUUUUGUCUUGGUUUGAGGGCUGUAGGGAAGGAAAAAUUGAAGGAAUAGUUUGGCAUUGCAAUGAUGGCUGUUUAAUCAAGGUUCAUCGUCAUCAUCUUGGUUUACGGUGGCCCAUUCCAGAAACUUAUAUGAAUUCACGACCAGUUGUUAUUAAUAUGAACAGGACCAAAUUUGACUGUGCUUUUGAUUCUAAGAGUUUGUUUAGUCAUUUUUCAAAGUUAGAUAAUCAAAAAUUUGGCAGACUCAAAGAUAUAAAACUGGAUGUAGGUAUUUGAAGUGAAGUGAAAAUGCAAUUGAAAAUCAGCUUUUAUUAUCUUUAUUACUUUUGAAUAUUGUCUUUUGCUGGUUGAAAAGUGAAAUAUCUCACACAUUAAAAUGUUAACUAUA